UAUUAAUCCAUUCAUUAAACUCGUUAUUAAUCUGUAAUAUAUUGACAAUAUCAGCCCAAAUAUCAGAGUUUAUUUCAGUGUUUAGAUUAAAUAUCAACCCGGAUCAGAAACAGUUUCGUCCUCUGGCGGUGGCCUGACGAAUCACACCCUCUCCCACAGCCAUCCAAUCAGAGAGCACGCUCCGCGGCGUCGCGUUGGAGUGGCAGGACUUCCAGCCAACAGCAGUGCGCCUGCGCAGCUGGCAGCGUUGUGAGGGCGGGGCGAGCGGCUUCUGGAGAACACAGCGGAAGAAAAUGGCGGCCGUGGCUGCAGAGCCAGGAGCUGCAGCGGUUCCGACAACAACAAUAACCGCGGCGACGGACGACGAGGGCUCGGCCGAACCGGGCCGGGCCAUGCCGGAUCACCCUGGCGGGGGAGGAGGGGAGAUGGACGGGUCUGCAGCGGAGAUCCCCCGGGGGGAGGAUGAAGGAGACGCGGAGCAGCGCCGCCAUGUCAGGCCGGAGUCCGCGGCGGGAAAACACACCGAGGAACUGAUCCAGAACUGCCCUCCAGAGCCGAUCAGCUUGGACCGGUUCUCCCCCGGAGUACCGGCCGACCCGGAGCCGCGCAACCCGCAGUCGCCGGCCGUGUUCCUGCACUCCCUCCCGGCCACGGAGCCCGGGAACCCGGAGCCGAGGCCCGGCACUGGGCUGUCUCUGCAGGAACCGGCGGGACCGACGGAGACUCCUGUGCACCCGGAGCCGUGCAACCCUGACCCUAAUGACCCUAACCAGGGCCACCCCGACCCCCCGGAGCCCGGGCUGCAGGACCUGAGACCCGGCUCGGAGGUCCGGGUCGCCCUGGACCACGUCAUCGAUGACGCGCUGGUGGUGUCGUUCCGGCGGGGGGAGAAGGUGUUCUCCGGGGUCCUGAUGGACGUCUCCAGGAGGUUUGGACCGUACGGUAUCCCCAUCACGGUGUAUCCGAGACGAGAUGACGGGCGUUGCCCUCAGAUGUCGCUGCCUCCGCUCCCUGACGUCGACCCGUCCAUCAAACAGGAAGUGGUCAUCGUGUCAGAGGGUGUGUCCCCGCCCCCCCCGCAGCCCUGGACGUCCAAACCGCCGCCGCUGUUCCAGGAGGGGGCGCCCUACCCCCCCCCUCUGUUCCUGCGGGACACGUACCACCAGGCCGUCCCGCAGCCACUGCCGCGCAAGAUCAAGCGGCCCAAACGGCGCUACCGCUGCGAGGAGCCCACCUCCAUCAUGAACGCCAUCAAGCUCCGCCCCCGCCAGGUGCUCUGUGACAAGUGCAAAGCCGUGGUGGCGUCCGGCGGCCACCUGGAGUCGCGGCGCGGUGAGGAGGUGUCUAGGCGGCGCAGAGCGGCCGAGGCCCCGCUGAACUCUGAGCUCAAACGGCUGAGAAGUGACGACCGCAGCGGACGCUCGGCGCCGGACAGACGCCCGGCGUCAGGGAUACGUGUGACAUCAUCUUCCUCUCCUCGCCGCGUCCUGAGGGGCGUGGCCUCCUCCUCGCCGGCGGCGGCGUCCGGCCGGCUCUGUCUGAAGCUCGGCGCUCAGAAGGUUCUGGACAAACGGCGCUCCAAAGCUCGCCACGCCCUCAACAAGAUGCCGGCCGCCGCACAGACGAUACCAACGCCCCCCAUGCCGCCGCCUCGCCGGCCCAAAGACCCGCCCCCCCCGGUCCAGAACCAGACCCCCGGCACGGCUCUGGGGCCGGACGGCGGCCGGGCGGUGACCCGCGCCGCGGCGCUGCAGAGCCGCCACCAGAAGGUCCACUUCACUCGCCGCCUGCAGAACAGCACGGCGGCCCUCGGCUCGCCACUUCCUCCUAGAAUGCGUCUGAAACCUCAAAGGUAUCGAACCGACGACAGCCAGGCCCCUCCUCCUCCCCCCUCCCCCUCCCCCGCCCCCGCCCCCUCCUCUCCGCCCAAACACAGCGCUCGCAGCUCGCCUUCCAAACCUGCUGUAAGCCCCGCCCCCUCAGCCACGUCGAACCCUGACCCCCCCGCAGCACCGCCCCCUACCCCUCCACCCACCUCCUGCGUUGCUGUGGAGACACAAGAGGGCCCCCACCCUCAGGAGGAGGCGGAGCAGGAGGCGGAGUCUCCUCCUCCGUGCUCCGUCCAAUCAGAGAGCAGCUCAGAGACAUUUGGCCCCGCCCCUCCUGGAGACCAGCCCUCCCCCCUCCCGCCGCCCUCCUCCCCCCCCCCUCCCCCCGGAGCCGACGAGGACGAGAAGGAGGAGAAACGGCGCCGUAAGUCCUCCUCCUCCUCCUCUUCGUCUUCCUCUUCCUCGCGGUCCUCCACGUUCUCCAAGUCCGUGUCUAAGGCGGCGUUGCCGGACGGCCGCACGGUGUGCGCCGGAGACAUCGUGUGGGCCAAGAUCUACGGCUUCCCGUGGUGGCCGGCACGCGUCCUGGGCAUCACGGUGUCGCGGCGUGGCGACACGGGGCUGGCGGUGCAGCAGGAGGCGCGGGUGUCGUGGUUCGGCUCGCCGACCACGUCCUUCCUGCCGCUCGCCCAGCUGGCGCCCUUCCUGGAGAGCUUCCAGUCGCGCUUCGACAGGAAGAGGAAGGGGCCGUACCGCCGCGCCAUCGCAGAGGCUGCCAGCGCCGCCAAGCAGCUCACGCCAGAGGUCCGGGCGCUGCUCACACAGUUUGAGACGUAGCAUCGGCCCCUCCCCUCAGAAAAUACCCCCCCACACAACAGACCACGCCCACACACUUUGCCCUGCCCCUCGACACAGGCCCCUCCCCUUUAUACUGACUCCUCUCUGAGACACAGGCCCCUCCCCUGACUGACGCAGACAGACAGACAGGCAGACUGACGCAGACAGACAGACAGACAGGCAGACUGACGCAGACAGACAGACAGGCAGACUGACGCAGACAGUCAGAGACAGACUGUUCAUGUUUCUGUUCUUGUUUAGACUGUGGGCGGGGCUUCAGACGAGCAGUGGGCGGGGCUUCUCUUUGCAGGCCCCUCCCCCUGUCUUCACAGAGGUCCGCCAUUGUACCGCCGUGGCGUCGGUGUGAUCUCGGAUCUCCCCGCCACCACUCAGUCUUUUAAGGGGUUAAUGAUGUCACAGUGAUGUCAUCAGACUACAGUAUGUUUAUCAGACAGGGAGGCUCUCUCCCGGUGCAUCAUGGGAAAUGUAGGAUCCAGAGAUGAGUUUCAGACUGAAGUUUGUUCUGUUUCUUUAAGAGUAAGAUUCAGCCUGCUGAUUGGCUGACUAACACAUCACGAUGAUGUCACUCGUUUACGUCAAUAAUGUAAAAAUAAACACUAAUUAAGAUCCAGAAGCUAAGCUAAGCGUUGCCGUAGCGCUCCAGCAGCGGCCAUGUGAAACGCUGUGACGCGUGACGCGACAGUUUAGUUUCCGUUCACAGUGUUGUCCAAACUGAGGCCGGGGUCCCAAACACGGUCCGGAGCAGAGCCGCAGCGGUCCAGAGGGGAUCAGCUGAUGCAUCACGUGUUCUCUGAUUGGUCCCCGUAGUUUGAUCCUCAGAGCCAAUCAGAAUCUGAGAAUUUAGAGGGCUGUUUCUGUUACUGAGAAUUGUUGACAUUCGAAGAUUAAUUUUAAUGUUUUUAAUUAUUAUGUUUUGAUGCUCAGAGAUGUUUUAUGCAGACAGACGUGUCACUCGCUCCGUGAUUGGUCCCCGAGCCUCGAUGAUGAUGAUGAUGAUGAUGAUGAUGAUGAUGAUGAUGAUGAUGAUGAAGGGCUUGUAGUUCCAGUCUGUUUGCAGAUCAGAGAUCCUGAACUAAAACCUGUUGGGACAAAAUAACGGAAACACACGGACUAAAAUCUAAAAUCUGAGAUGCGACUUGUGUAUGUUUUUUUUUCUUCUUCUCUGAUGUUUUGAAUCUAUUAAAAAACUGUCAAACUUCUCA